UCUUUCUUUCCAUUUCUUCCUCUUCUUUUUUUGGGAAGGACGAUAACUCCCACAGUUAUGAAAAUACAGAGGGCGCCUCGAUCUGUUGAUGAUGCUGCAUGGUGGGUGAAAAUGGAGAAAAAUUUGUCGAACUUUCUAAACUAUUUGUUCACGGACAGUUAAAGUACUCUGUCGUUUUUAUUGGGCUUUGGAAAGAGAGUAGCUACAUAUAACAUGAAGAAAGUUGUCCAGAUUUGAGUUAGCUGAUAGCCUGCAAUAUCUAUAAGAAUGCCUGUGAUUGUUUUGUUGAUAUUGGCCUUCCUUUCAUCACACUGCUCUGGUCAAACACAACAAAUCAUGUUCACUCACAAAAGAAGCUGUAGGAGGCCCCACCGCUAUGAAUCCGAGAGUCACUACUUGAUCCGAGCCAGAGGGCCCUUACCUGGGAGGCAUUGCAAUAUGACCUUUAUUGAAUCGGACUGGAGUGCCACUCUGCCUGACCAGCAGUGCUUCUCACUCUGUGUGCGACUCUUCAAUGCCUCCAUUAGAAGCUGUGAUUUUAAAAUGAUAUAUUACGAUGGACUCCAUGACCGCAAUCCAAGGACCUUCAAUUGUAAGAGUUAUCCCCCCUCUCUGUGGUGCUCCAGCUACACUGAUGUGACUGUAGAAUUCCGAGAACUGGAGAAUUAUGAUAGACGAAACAUCAAUGGGUUUGACAUGACCCUGGAAAUCAAGCCCUACUGCCACCAUCCAUCUAGCACUGUGCCAGGCGAUGCCUACAUAGACCACUAUCUCCGUAAAGAGAAGCGGGACAGAGACACAAUUAUCAUCGCAGGAUCCUUGGUCAGCACCAUCUGUUUCCUAUUCGUGAUUUUCUGGAUCGUCUACUGUUGUUGGAAGAGACAAGCUCCACAAGAGAAUCCCCAAAGGCCAGGAACUCCAUUAUCUCAUAACAGUUUCAAGUCCUCCGGGUCAGGAAGAAGAGUGCCAGGAACAUCCCAUUCAUCAAACAGUGACCGAGUGGAUGGUAAAAAUUGGUAUCCCAUGACAACCAGGUCUCCCCCUAAGUACCAGCCUCCAGUGUACAGUAGCAGGGGCUGGAAUGUACCGGCUGAUGCCAGAUACACAGAACUUCCAGGAACAUCAUAUGCUCCACAAAGGGGAGUAACCCCAGGCUUCCAUGGGAGACAGUUUGCCCCUAGAGAGCCGUACAACCCACUAGCCCCCAUCAGGGAACAACCCCCCACAUACAAACUAACAUUUGAAGUCAGCGAGCGACCCCAUGACAUAGGAACGCCAUUCCGAAUACCACCCCCACUUCCUCCCCGUCCAAACAUUGAACAACCGCCAUCAAAGCAAUAUUAUAUUUAAAUGAUGCAGGCGAUGUUAUUGAUGAGUAUUGUUUAAUAUAGGCUUAUUUUAAUUUUUAUAGGAAAGAGAAUGGCAGAUAUUUUAUUUAUUACCUAAAUGCUAUUUUUAUAUAGAGCAUAUGAUCAUGUCAGUCUAUAUUACAAUACAACGAAACUAAACAUCUUGUAUCUCAUGUAGCUAAGAUUUUGAUAUACAUGCUGCAGGAAACAUGCAAUCCUUUUGAUUUUUGUAAAAUUGAAUAUGCCAACCUUGUCUUCAUAAGUUUGGGGAAAAAAAAAAAAUUGCAAACUUUUUGGAAAUGUUUAAUGAUUUUAAAUUACAAUGUUUGAGUAAAAGGGAUGUCAUGUGAAAUGCUAAUAUAUGUACUAGUCACAGUUUCUAUGCUCUACAACCAUUGUGUUCAGUUAUAUAGUUAUACAUGUUAGUUCAAGGCCCUGUACUCUUGACCUCAUCAUAAUGCUGUUAUUUUUCAUGAUGCCUUGUACAUGCAUGAACCAUCAACUUACUGAAUUACUAUCAGUAUUUAAAUGUCUGUUUUAUAGUCGCACACACAAUUGCUGCACGUGUUUACGGAUGCAUGGGUAUUUAUUGUGAAGUAUCAGUGUACUAACAGGAAGUUACGCUUUUCGUAUUUUCAGUGUCGGGUCAUUUUUAAAGAGAUUUUCAACACGGGAGAAAUGUUUUCAGACUUGAUAUCAUUUUCGGUUCAUUGUUCAUUUCGAUCAAGUUUGAUGUUUAUUACUUUAAUUAAUAGAAUAUCAAAAUCUGAUAAUAACUCUAAUUCAUUAAUUAAUUAGAUAUACAUUUUCAAACAUUUGGUAUCUGUAUGUAUUGCAAUAAGGAGAUAAGGACAUUUAAUCUUCCCACUAUUUUAUUUUGAUGGGCAGUUGAUAAAUCUAAGAACAGAUAAACAAAAAUGAAUAACCAAUAAGAAAAGUGAUUCAAACUAAAUUAAUAUUACCUAAUUUUAAAUUAUUACCUUUUCUUAUUACCUAUUCAAUUUUCCUAUUGGUGGAUGACUUUGCCAGUAACAGUGUAAGUGAAUGCCAGUGAUUACUUUCAUGAGAAUGAAUGAUACCAUUUUCAAUCAUUGAAUGUCUACAAUCUUACUUACACACUGUGCAUGCCUAUUUCUAUUUGAUAAUUCAAUUUUUCUACUGCAAGGAUUUAAAAUUAAGUACAUGUAAAUAUGAAUGAUUUAAAGCAAUGCAGUAGAUGAUGGUGAAAAUCACAAUGAAAGAGUCAUGUGUUGGAUGGUGUUUCCAUGGAGUACACAGGCACGGGUCGGAACCAUGAUCUGGAAAAGUUUGAUAAAUUUUCAUUUGAUAUCCUAAUUAUACACAUUCAGUAUAAUUUUCUAUUUUACUGGUAUAUGACAUUCAGUGUAUUGUUUAAAACUCACUUAACUUGUAAUGGGUUAUUCCAACAACUGUUAAACAGCUUUAGUAUAUCAAAAAACUGAAAAAUGUAAGUUUCAGGAUGCUUAUUGAUAAAUUCACCAUGCUCAGUGAGUUAUCUAUUACAGCAGUAUUUACAAAUGGGAAUACUUUAGAAUUAUUUAUAUUUUUUAUUACCCCCCCCCCCCCUUCUUGUAUUUUUUUUCUUUUGCAACAAUUUGAGCAUUAUAUUUUACAUAUAUUUGUAUUUAGAUUUAAAUUGAUACAUGUUUUAUGAUUUAUGUACGGGUUUUGUUAUGUUGAGUGCUGUAUGUAUAUCUUCUGAUCCCUUUUAUACUUUGGUUUAUAUAAUUUUAGCUCACCUGAGUAGAAAACUCUUGUGAACUUUUCUGAUCAAUGUUUGGCCAUCACAUUUCUGAAGUCCGACAUGUAUUCUGUCUUUUCACAUUUUUAUGCCCCCAAGUUUAAAGAUCAGGAACUACUGUUUUUGGUCAAUUUAUAUAAUGUGUUUGAUAAUUGUCAAGGUCAUAUUUGUCAUAUCUACACAUGGGGAGAAAGGGAUUUUACUUCUCCAGAACCACUGGGUUAAUGAUGCUUCGACAUGUAAAAGCCCCUGUUAAUGUCACUAUACAUUUAUAAUAUGUACCUCGUUAUGUGGUAACAAAAUUAAAUACAUAAGAUAAAAAUAAAAUGUAAUGACCCCCUCCCCAAUACAUAUAACUGAACCUCUAACUGGCUGGAGUAGGUCAAUGAUUUCAUCCAAACUUGCUCUGGCUUCCAAAGAAAAAAUAAUUAGGAAAUAGUGAAAGUGGUUGUCAUUGAAAAAGAUGGGGUAAUUAAGAACCACUUCAUCAGAAUUGGCCAAAGAUGCAAGUUUGUUCAAGGCCUGGGGUGAGGAAAUAAAGAGGGUACAAAGUUCUACACAGGAAUAUAAGGGAUAAAAUCUUUUUAAAGGCUAUAUGUUUUGUCAAAAUGACAUUCAGAUGUAUGUAGAUUCAAGUACAUGUAUGUUCUAGUAGUGGUCCUUGAACUAAUAUAUGUCUCUAAGGAUCCAGAGAUUUUAUAUAAACUGUUUAAGAAUCUUCUUUCAAACAGCAAAACAGGUUCAGUUUAUUGAUAUAAAAUGCAAUCAUGUGAAGUGUAAUUUUCUAACAGUGGGUCUUCAUUUACAGUGUGAUGUACAAUUGGCACCACAAUUUUUCUAAAAUUGUGAUUGACCUAUGUGAGCACUGUGUCCCCCUGGAUCUUUUGUUAUGUUACCAUGUACCUCUUAUUUUGUGUUAUUCUUAGAAAUUAUGAUUUAUUUACUUUACCUCUGUUAAUUCAAUUAUAAAAUUCUUGGUCCCUAUUUGUGUGAAUUUCACAACUUGUAUUCCUGACUAAAUACUCAUUGUGUAGGAAGUAUUUAAACCUGCUGGAUUUGGUUGUACAGUAUUUCAGAGUCGUAUUUCUUUAUAUAUAUGUAUAUUACACACCAUCUAGUUGCUCUGCAAAUGUCAUAUCCAUUUAAGAAAUAAAUUUCAUUUUUGAAAAUGCAUGCAGGAAUUUGGACUCUUAAUGUCAGCAUAUUUUUCAUGAAGCGCUAAGUCGCUCUAUCGCUGGCAUAAAACAGUGCUGUUCACACCCUUAAGUGUUUUCAAAACUGAAAUUUUAUUUUUUAUAUUUACAUUUUACUUAGAUUUCUGUCGGCUCGAAUCCCCCACCCUCAAAUUAGCCGUACUAUAUUUAUCAAGAUUCAUACGCACAUUGUUCACAUUCUUGAGGAAAUUGCUCUCAUUUCAAUUGGUAAAGAUAUUGAUGACAAUGACAUUGGAACUGUAAAUACAUUGAAACAUACAUGCACUCCGAAUUAUGGCCAUGAAUGUAUCAUUAAAUUUUGAAUAACAUGUUUUAUUUUACUCACCAAUACCAAUGUGCAGGGACCAUUGAAUAUUUGAUUUCAUCUGAGACAUCAUGUAUAAAUUUACAUGUAUAUUUAAUAGGUAUGAUAUAUAUAUAUAUAGGAUAUAUAUAUAUAUAGUUAACUUAUUUCUUGAUAUGACAUCUAAUAUUGAAUUUAUUAAUCAUGAUUUUCAUUUGUGUGCAAUAUUAACAUAUAUAAUGUGUGCCAAACUUGCCUUUAAUAAAUUUAAAAAAAAAUCCAA